AUGUCGGGCUCAGUCGCAGUUGCACGCCCGUCGCAACCUCCACGUUUGCGUCGGGAGUCCCAACGGCCCGGAGUCGCGCGCACCGCCACCCGCCAGUCCAACAUGGAGGACGACAGCGCGAAGCCAGAAGAGGCUAGGAAAUAUGUAUACACCCAGCAAGACAUCCUGGCCAAGCACAAGGGAAAGCCGCCUUCCCUCCGCGUAUACCUGCACCCUAAGCACUUCCGUCUCAAUGACUCCCAGGAGACACUGUCCUAUGCUUCGCCCAUGCGCGAGCUUCUACAGGCUAUCAAGGACAAGGUGGUGCCACACAACAUGGUAGAGGAGCUGUAUGAGUUCAAUACACCCUGGUACGACAACUGCCUCAUUGUCGAAGUGCACGACUACCGCUCGAGCGGUGUGAAACCCAAGGACGAUGCCAACAACACUGGGGAAGGGUCCACCAACGCUUUCUCAAUCCAUAACUACAACAGCUUCAUCACUCCAUCUCCUUAUGCUCCCUUUCCAGUCAACAAGCCUGAGCAGAAGCCUACGCAACCCCCGGUUCAGAGCAAAGAUGGGGACGUUAAAGAGGAUAAAGAGAACAUGCCUGCUCCUGGCCAGACUGGUACGCCAAAUAAGCAGGCAGGACUUGGAAAAGUCAGGACUGUGGUGCUCUUCCCAACUCCGCUAUCACACUUGGCCGACAUACAGCUAUUGGCCACGACGCCUGUUCCAGACAUGGCCGCCUUGAAAAGGAUGCAGGCUCAAGGCAGAGCUGCAGGUAUGCCGCCAACCCCGAUGACUGGUGUACCGUCUACACCGACCUUCCCCAACGGCCCCAGCCCGAAGCGCCAAAAGAUGGUCCUCGACGACAGCAAUCUCCACGAGUUCGAAGCCGAAGUCUUGAACACUACCUGUCCGCCGCUAUACUUGGAACCCACUAAGAGUUUUGGAGAAUCGCUUGCGCUCAUGGAUGCUAUCACGCAUCCGAACAACAAAAACCCCGCGCCUCCUCGCAAGACUCGCAAGAGGACCACCGCUGAAUUGGCCGCUGACGAAGCCGAAGCGCAGGGUCUACAGCGCUUUAUGCUUGCUGGUGACGAAUUUCAAAGUGUCAUGGCAGCCGCAGCUACUGGGAAUGACGACAACGCAGUGCGUGCAGCCGCCAACUCACAAACAUUUGCACGUUUCAAGACGAUUGCCAAUAUCCGGGCCAAUCACGAAGAGAAUGAUCGACGGAAGAAGGAGGAGGACGCCCGCAUUGCUCAGGCUAAACGACAGGCACAGAUGGAGGCGGAACUUCAGAGGAAGAGAGAAUUGGAAAGCAGACAACAGGCUGAAGUUGCUGAACGUCAACAAGCAGCCCUUCGGCAACAAGCACAACACCAGGCGCAGCUCCAGCAGAACCAAUUGCAACAGACUCAAUUGCAGCAAAACGAAGCCUUACGGGCCGCCGCGGCAGCACAGCACCAAAUGGCGAAUGCUGCGGCAGCACAAGUUACACAGACGCCUCAAUCAGCAACACAGUCCCAAUUUUCGCCAACGAUACGCCAACAGACACCCAUGACUGCCUCUGCGGCAUCUCCACGGGUCGGUGGUCAAGCCUCACAUCCCAUUGGGGGCACUCCAAUGGUACCGUCAGCUUCCAACCAGCCCAUCAACAGUCCAGCGCGACCGCCGUCUUCUAUCUCCCACCACCAGAACCAGAUGGCCCGAUCAAUCAGCCAGCAACAAAAUCCAAGCCGCACUGGUACACCUCAUAUUGUUCAGGGUACGCCAGUCAUGAACCCAUCAAUGCCGAAUCGUAACAUGACGCCUACACCGAGUCGCAUGAAUCAAAAUAGCCCGUCUAUGGCGAUGCAAGGCCAGACACCAAUGAUGAUGCAGACACCCCAACCCGGUCAGAAUAUGACGCCCGAAGCGAUGCAGCAACUUCGUGUGCAACAGAUGCGGAUGCAGCAGCUGCAGCAACAAGGAGGAUCUCCGGGUAAUCAGCAACAACAAAUGCAGCAACUGGCAUUCCAAAAGGCCCAGCAACAUAUUCAGCAAACUGGUGUCCCUCCCAAUCAAAAUCCACAAGCUUACCGCCAGCAGCUAGCACAGCACUAUUUCCGUCAACUGCAACAGCAGCACCAAAACCAACAACAGCAACAACAGCAAAUGGGCAUGCAAAAUAUGUCGACCCAAGGGGCCAUGCCGCAAAACGCUAUGCCUCAACAAGGCAUGGCUUUUGCUAACAUGAGCUUGCAACAGAUGCGGCUACGGUAUCAGCAACAAAAGGCAACAGUUAUGCAGAACUACAGCAACACGCAGAGCAUACCCCCACAGAUCAUGCAGCAGAUGCAGCACAUGGAGUUACAAAUCAAGCAGCGGGAACAACGCGAACAACAACAAGCGCAGAUGGCACAGAUGCAGAAUGGGAUGGGCAAUCAAAUGAACGGGGGCCAAAUGGGUGGCAUGCAAAAUGCCAACCCCGCCAAUCCAAUGCAAAUGCAGCAGUAUCAGCAACUACUCCAACAGCAACGCCAGGCAGCCGCAAAUCAGAACCGAAUCAUGCAAAUGCGCCAGCAGGCCAUGGCGAAUGGUGGCCAGCUACCGCAGGGUAUGAUGGGCAACAUGAAUGCCAUGGGCGGUAUGCAAGGCACAAUGCAGGGCAUGAAUGCUAUGGGCAACAUGGCAAAUGUCCAAGGCAUGAACAUGGGCCAGAUGGGCCAGAUGAAUGGCGGUAUGGGCGGCAUGCAAAACGGGCAGAUGAACACUGGUAUGGGCGGCAUGCAGAACAUGCAAGGCAUGCAAGGCAUGAACCAGAUGAAUCAGAUGAACCAGCAGCAGAUGCAGCAGAUGAUAAUGAUGCGCCAAGCACAGCAGCAGGCUCAGCGGAUGGGGCAACCAGGAGGUCAACAGGGCGGCGACAUGGGGUGGACCGGUUGA